AUGGGGUUGUGGUCGGACAAUUCAUCAGAAUUCCCGCUGUAUAGCCAUCUCGCCAUUGUUCUCGGCAUAGGUCUGGGACUUGUGACCUUCGUCAUCAUGUGUUUGUUCUUGAGCCUUUUCGUCAAUCGCCGCGAGCGUCGUCCCGCCACCAAGGCCAAAAGCAGGAAAGGCGACUCGCACGACAAGUUGCGUAAGCUGGACGCUGUCUCACCAGCUCGUACCCUGGAGGAUUGGUGGUCGCGAGCCAAGCUACCUUCCGAGGGCGCCGACGGACAGUUCAUGUGCGUCGUUUGCCUCGAGUCCGUCCAGCGCUCCCAAGAGAUACGAGAAUUGAAGUGUUUACACGUCUUCCAUCGGGAAUGCCUGGAGAAGUGGUACCUACAGGACCAUUUCAACUGCCCACUCUGCCUCCGAGCCUAUUACGUGCAAGAGACGUAUUCUAGCAACGAUUUCGUUUGGAUGGUAUGA